UUUGUUUAUUUAGUAUAAAAUAGAACUGAAUUAAGCUGCUUUUCAAGAUUGAUUCCAUCAGUCCAAUUCAUCUCCCCGCAGUCACAGUCGAAGAUCCAGCUUGCAAUUUGUGGCUACGCUAGAGUUUCAUUGUACAGGGCUGGAAGUAGUGGAAAAUGAGUGGGGAAGAGAGGUGGUGCGUGGUGACCGGCGGCAGAGGAUUUGCGGCGCGGCAUCUGGUGGUGAUGCUAAUCAAAUACGGCAUGUUUUCUGUGCGUGUCGCGGAUUUGGGCCCCACAAUCAAGCUUGACGCUGAUGAGGAGAAUGGCGUUCUUGGCGAAGCUCUUAAGUCUGGACGUGCGCAAUACGUGUCCGCAGAUCUUCGUGACAAAUCGCAAGUGCUCAAAGCUUUCCAUGGAGCUGAAGUUGUAUUUCAUAUGGCUGCUCCUGAUUCCUCCAUUAACAACCAUCAGUUGCAUUAUUCUGUCAAUGUACAAGGAACCAGGAAUGUUAUUGAUGCAUGUGUUGAGCUGAAAAUUAAAAGACUCAUAUAUACAAGCUCACCAAGCGUAGUUUUCGAUGGAGUUAAUGGAAUAUUCAAUGGAAAUGAAUCAUUGCCUUAUCCUCCCAAGCACAAUGAUUUCUACUCUGCCACAAAAGCAGAGGGAGAGGCCCUAGUUAUCAAAUCAAAUGGUUCAAACGGACUUCGAACAUGCUGCAUUCGACCUAGCAGCAUUUUUGGCCCUGGUGAUAAGUUGCUUGUUCCAUCAUUAGUUGCCGCAGCAAGGGCUGGGAAAUCAAAGUUCAUCAUUGGAGAUGGCAACAACAUGUAUGAUUUUACUUAUGUUGAGAAUGUCGCCCAUGCUCACAUUUGCGCGGAACGAGCUUUGGCAUCUGACGGCAUGACAGCAGAAAAAGCUGCUGGACAGGCAUACUUCAUAACCAAUAUGGAACCAAUUAAAUUUUGGGAGUUUAUGUCUCUCAUUCUUGAAGGGCUUGGCUAUGCAAGGCCAAAAACUAAGAUUCCUGCAUUUGUUGUGAUGCCAAUUGCACAUAUGGUGGCGUUGAUAUAUAAACUUUUAGCUCCUUUUGGAAUGAAGGUGCCGCAGUUUACACCUUCAAGAAUUCGAUUUAUAUCUCGCAGCAGAACUUUUGAUUGUUCUAAAGCAAAUGAUCUUCUUGGCUACACACCUAUUAUGCCACUCCAGGAGGGCCUUAGAAGAACUAUUGAGUCAUACCCACACUUGAGGGGUGAUGUUCCAACUAAAAGGGAUGGUCCAUCUAAAUCCGAAUUAAUUCUUGGUAGUGGAAAAGUUGCUGACACACUACUCUGGAGGAAUAAAAAGCAGACACUCACUGUCUUGUUGAUCUUGGCUGUGGUUUACUUCAGUUUCAUAGCAACUGGGUGUACUGUAGUUACUGCAGUUUCCAAUCGUCUACUAAUGGCAUUGGUCCUCCUUCUCAUCCACGGCAAACUACCCCAGAAAAUAUUGGGAUAUAAAAUUGCAAAAAUUCCUGAGUCAAGAUUUCAUGUCUCAGAAGCUGCAUCUCACCAUUUCGCUCUGUCAGUGGCUUCCUGGUGGAAUUCUGUUGUUAGUGAGUUAAAAUCCCUUUGCAAUGGAAAUGACUUUAUGCUUUUCCUCAAGGGUGUUCUCUCUUUAUUGUUCCUCAGUAUCCUUGGAGCAGUUUCAUUACAUAAUGCUUUUGUGAUAGGAGUACCCUUGGCCUUUAUAUCUUUUGUUGUAUAUGAGAAAAAGGAGGAAGAGAUAGAUGAUCUGGUCCGGAAAUUUCUCUCAUUUGGCUGCAAAUUAAAGUCUGAUGUUAGUGGAAAGAUUUCCAGCUCAAAGAAACAGCAAUAACUGGCAAAGAGGCACAAGGGUAAAUCCAUUUUCUUCGUAUCCUGGGGCCAACUGUUGCUGUCUGAUUUUUUCUACCUUUGGUACUGAAUGCUUCACAGUCACCUCAAGUUCAAGAAGUGCAAAACAAGGUGGUGUAUUCGCUGAUACAAUUUCUUCUGUUGGUUUUGGACAAGGGCGUGAGCAUGUGUAUUCUAACAUUGGGAGUGCUCUUGAGACGAGUGUACGUGGACCAACAAUACGUUUCAACCUGUGUCUUUUUCUUUGUUUUUUUCUUUCCUCUGCCACAGUGUAACAUUUACAUGUGAUUCCAUUUCAAUCAACUAGAUACAUUCUUUUAGGAUAAGCACUUGCUGUAUUUGAGCUGUUAUGUAAUAGUCUUGCUGUUUGGAUUGUAUUGGUGAUUCAGUUGUUUUAACUUACCUUUUGUUUCUUUAUUCAACCUACAAGAAUGUCGACUUCCUGUUAAGUCCAGUCACCUUUUCCAUAA